UCCGGCGCGUCCGCCAAGGCAGAGGCGCAGCGAGGAGCUAUGUCGGCGCCAGCCGGGAUCCCCCCGCGCCCUGCCGCAGUCCCUGGAGGGGCCAGAGCGCCCGUCGCCGCGGCCAGGCCGCCGCCCUGUCAGAACGGUCCAGUGCAAAAUCAGAUGCAAUUCCCUUUUGGAUAUGGCUUACAUCUUGAAAACUAUAGUGCUUCCUCCAGACGCUACCCACCAGUGCCCCAUGAAGCUGUCCCCUCGCAGUUGAAUAACCAGUAUGUUGCUGAUUACCACUCUGCUUGCUAUUCAAUACCAGUGCAAAGUGUCAUGACAACUUCUGUGGGUCCCAGCAUGUUGAACACACAGCAGUUGUACAGUGGGGCUCCUCAUCCUGUGGAGUCAGCUGGAGGACUUACCCAAGGAGCAAUAUCAUCUGCAUCCCAUUUACAUACAAGUGUUCCACAGUCGUAUUCUGCAUUGAGUAGUCACUACAGUUCUUCAACCAGCUCUUCAGUUGCGUCUCAGGGAUUUCCCCUUUCUUCUGGUCAUUAUGCCAUGCCUACCGUCUCUCGUGCUGUGUAUCCUAACCUUUCCUAUCCUUCCAUGUCUGUUGGUAGUCCAUAUGGGCAGGUAUUUACUUCCCAGAGCCUUCCAGCUGUUGGACAGUUUGAAGAGACUAAUACAUUUCCUGAUCAAAGUUCAACUGUACCUCGUACACUGCAACAGCAAGUUCCUUUGGGAUAUAAUUCUACAUCAUGGUCCACUUCAGAUUUUCAGUCAGCUCAAGACAACUUCAGCAGGAAUAACACUGGAUCCCUGGCUAAAGCAAGCAACCAAAUAAAUACAGUUGGUAUUGUAGAUUCAUCGCAUCCUGUAAGCCAGAAUGUUCAGUUUACCAAGCCUGGUGUGGAAACAUCUGUUGUUUCUUCUGCUGUGACCUCUUCAAUAAGAACACCUGUUGGAGACCACUUAACUGAACCUGCUUCUGUGCCUUCCAAUACACAGCCAUCGGAAUCACUGCUUCAAGAAGGCAUGCAGUAUGGUGGAUAUGUUAAUAAUCAAGCUAGCUCUGCACCAGCUCCCUUGUCAUCAAGUUCAGAUGAUGAGGAAGAGGAUGAGGAGGAUGAGGAAGCAGCUAUUGACAGCUCCUCCACUACUAGCAGUGCCUCUCCUGUUAUCAACAAUUAUGAUGCCCUUGAAGGAGGUGGCUAUCCAGAAACAAAUUCUGCGGCAAGUAGUCCAGCUCCUACUCCUCAGACAUCAAGGACUCCUAAGCCCUUUGGUUACGGAUACCCAACUCUUCAACCUGGAUACCAGAAUGCAACACCAUCUACUUCUGCUAUGCAGCCCAGUAAUCCAGGGCACCAUUCUGAGUUUCAGCAAUAUCCUCAACAGUAUCCUGGUGUGAACCAAUUAUCAUCCACCUUAGGAGGAUUAAGUCUACAGCACUCUCAGCAGCCAGAAAGCUUGAGACCAGUAAACCUUACACAAGAUAGGAAUAUUCUUCCUGUUUCUCCAGUUCUAGCUCCUGUGCCUAAUUUGAAUUCAGACCUUAGAAAAUUAAAUUGCAGUCCAGAUUCAUUUCGAUGUACACUGACAAAUAUUCCACAGACUCAGGCUUUGCUAAACAAAGCUAAACUUCCCUUGGGAUUGCUGCUGCAUCCGUUCAGAGACCUAACGCAAUUACCUGUAAUAACAUCAAGCACCAUUGUGAGGUGCAGAUCCUGCAGGACAUAUAUCAACCCUUUUGUUUCCUUCAUUGACCAAAGGAGGUGGAAAUGCAACUUAUGCUAUCGAGUUAAUGAUGUUCCUGAAGAAUUUAUGUAUAACCCAUUGACACGAUCCUAUGGGGAGCCUCAUAAACGGCCAGAGGUCCAAAAUUCUACAGUGGAGUUCAUUGCUUCUUCAGACUACAUGCUUCGUCCUCCUCAGCCUGCAGUGUACUUGUUUGUUUUAGAUGUUUCUCAUAAUGCAGUGGAAGCUGGAUACUUAACAAUUGUAUGUCAGUCAUUGCUGGAAAACCUAGACAAGCUGCCUGGAGAUUCGAGAACAAGAAUAGGAUUCAUAACAUUUGACAGCACUGUUCAGUUCUACAACUUGCAGGAAGGUUUAUCACAGCCUCAAAUGCUGAUUGUCUCAGAUAUUGAUGAUGUUUUCUUACCUACACCUGACAGCUUACUUGUAAAUCUUCAUGAAAGCAAAGAGCUGAUAAAAGAUUUAUUGAAUGCACUACCAACUAUGUUCAUCAAUACAAGAGAAACACACAGCGCAUUGGGUCCUGCACUUCAGGCUGCCUUUAAAUUGAUGUCUCCAACAGGUGGCCGCAUAUCUGUGUUUCAGUCACAGUUACCAUCCUUGGGUGCAGGGCUCUUGCAUUCCAGAGAAGAUCCCAAUCAAAGAUCAAGCACAAAGGUUGUACAGCAUCUUGGCCCAGCGACAGAUUUUUACAAAAAGUUGGCACUGGACUGUUCAGGACAGCAAACGGCUGUGGAUUUGUUCCUCUUAAGUUCUCAGUAUUCUGACCUGGCUUCUCUAGCUUGUAUGUCCAAGUAUUCUGCUGGAUGCAUCUAUUAUUAUCCAUCUUUCCAUCAUAGCCACAAUCCUGCUCAAGCAGAAAAACUGCAAAAAGACCUUAAAAGAUACCUUACAAGGAAGAUUGGAUUUGAGGCAGUCAUGAGAAUAAGAUGUACAAAAGGUCUUUCAAUACAUACUUUCCAUGGAAAUUUUUUUGUGCGAUCUACUGACUUGCUGUCACUUGCCAAUGUCAAUCCUGAUGCUGGAUUUGCAGUACAGAUGUCCAUUGAGGAAAGUCUAACAGAUACAUCUCUGGUGUGUUUUCAGACUGCUCUUUUGUAUACUUCCAGCAAAGGUGAACGGAGAAUUCGAGUGCACACACUUUGCUUGCCCGUCGUCACUUCACUGGCUGAUGUGUAUGCAGGAGCAGAUGUACAAGCAGCUGUCUGCCUCUUAGCAAACAUGGCUGUGGAUCGGUCAGUUUCAUCAAGUCUUUCAGAUGCAAGAGAUGCCUUAGUGAAUGCUGUGGUAGAUUCACUGUCAGCAUAUAUCUCAACUGCCUCAAACCUGCAGCAAUCCUCACUGAUAGCACCAAAUUCCCUCAGACUGUUUCCUUUAUAUGUUUUGGCUCUUCUCAAACAGAAAGCAUUUAGAACUGGCACUAGCACACGCUUGGAUGAUCGUAUAUAUGCCAUGUGCCAGAUAAAGAGUCAGCCUCUUGUUCAUCUGAUGAAAAUGAUACAUCCCAGCUUGUACAGGAUAGAUAGAUUGACCAAUGAGGGUGCAAUACAUGUUAAUGACAGGGUUGUUCCUCAACCUCCUCUUCAGAAGUUGUCUGCAGAGAAGCUGACAAGAGAGGGAGCUUUUCUUAUGGAUUGUGGAUCAAUAUUUUACAUUUGGAUUGGGAAAAGCUGUGAUAAUAGCUUCAUAAAAGAUGUGCUCGGAUACCCUAACUAUGCAUCUGUACCACAGAAACUGACACAACUUCCAGAGUUAGAUACACUUUCUUCAGAGAGAGCCCGAUCUUUUAUAUCCUGGCUUAGAGACAGUAGACCUUUAAAUCCAGUUCUUCAAGUGAUAAAAGAUGAGAGUCCUGCCAAAACAGAUUUUUUCCAGCACUUAGUUGAAGACCGGACAGAGGCAGCAUUCUCUUAUUAUGAAUUCUUACUUCAUAUUCAACAGCAGAUUUGUAAGUGAAAGUGGAAGAAAGAAGAAGAAAAUUCCCAACUUUGAAUACAAACGUUAGCUGUGAGAGACGCACAUGGCAACAGGCAUUUGCUCUUCACAAUAAACAGUGUAAAGCACCGUAUCAGAAGCUUUGCAGCUAAAGGAAAAAUAUACACGUACGGAGGAAUUUAACGGAUUUGCUUCAGCCUGAAAAUGAUAGGAGUAAUGAUGCUCUUUCACUAGUACAUUUUUAACUGGUUUAUACACGUUUCCGGUAGUGCAGCAGUAUGGUGCUCUGUUUAUUGCAAGCUGUUGAAUUUAUGUAGCUAUGUGGGAUGAUAUUUCUUAAUGAUAUGUAAAAUUAGAUAAAACCUUUUUUCUUACAUUUAUUAUGAUAACCUUUCUGGAGUCAGACUCUUGCAGAGGUGCCAAGGGCAGUACUAUAUGGUGUUUGUUUAUAUUACUUUUUAAAAGGAAUGAUUCAUAUUCACUAAAAGACUUCAACAUUUUCCCUGUGAGGACUAUAGAGUUUCAAUACAGUACAUGAAUUGUAGAAAUAAAAUAUAUAAUGUACAUAAGUGUUACAUUUGUAAAGAAAAUGUAAAAAUGUAACUACACAAUGAAUUGCGCAGUGUGCAGCAGUGUUGCAUAUUCAAUAAUAGAUCAUUUUGCCCAGUUAAAAUGAGGUUGACUGAUAGAUAAUACAUAUUAAGAAAUCUGAAUCACAUAGGAAAAACCCAACUUUGUAAUCCUGUUAAUUCUUUUACAUGGAUUUAUUUAUGAUCAGCUUACUAAUUAAAAAUAUUUUGCUUGAUCAAGUGUUUUUAUAUUUAUGCAACUGAUAAUCAUUUAGAAACUGAACUCUAAUGCUGAAUCUAAAAUUCACUUUUGAAGAGAAUAUGUUUCCCACUUUAUUUCACGGAUUUCUAGAAGGGGAGGAGAGAAUAUUUCAUAGUUUGAAAUGAGCAAAUGUAUCAAUAAGGGUUAGUUUGGAGUCCUUUCACAUAUUUGGCUUGUGAAAAAGUAUAACGUCCUAAUAUUUUGUAAUCUGCAGCAAUCCUAGCCCAGGUUUCUUUAACUCAGUUUUGUGGUACUCAAAAUAAGCAUGAUUAAUCAUUGAAUGGGAUCCUGUGACAGGGUUUCUGCAUGAUGAAAAAUAAGGGACAUAAAAAUGAUUUAUUAGAAGAGAGGAAGGGAAAGUAAUAUUUUAUUUGAAAAGUUGGUAAAUGUCAAAGAAGCUUAUUUCAAAAUGUAAUCACCUU